GUGUGUACGAGGAGUGCGUUUGGUUACAGAGAGUCUAAAUGGCGGACGCGGAGUAGAGGCCAUAGUAAGAACAAUAACAUUUUACUCAUUUGCUAAAAGGCGGCUGAAAAUUGCUUUGGAGCCCACAAAAUACACCCUCCAGUAGAGGGGACGCCCAUGCAUGUGUGGCUUAGGGUUUGUUACGAUCCAGCGUUUGAGUUUUUGUCUGUUUUAGGGGCACUGCAGCGGUUCUCUCCAGCUCAUUUCAGCGGAGUUCUGAAGGCAGGGAGGAAGUGUAUCUUCAUGGUGGCCCUGUAAACAUGGGCGACUCUCUCGGUCUGAUCGGGAAGCGACUGCUGCUGCUCCUCACCGAUGGAGCUCCUACUGCGGCCAGCGACGUGGGCCAGGCCGCCUGGCUGCGGGGGACCGUGCGGGCGGUCAGCGUUAUCGGCCUGGCGAGCCCGGGGGUAGAGGUGUUUGUGGAGUUUGAGGACAGCCCAUGGCGUAAGCGCUCCUGGGUGCAGGUGCAUGGGGAGGAGGUACGAGUGGCUCUGAUGGAGAGUGCCAUUGUGUGGGCCCCUCGAAGUGAGUCCACCACUGGAGGAGCAUCUGCCAGCCACUGGCCAGCCCUUGUGUUCCAACCACUUGUGGACCGUGUGGGCUUGGCAGCUCUGGUUCCUGUAGAGUUCUUUGGAACCAAAAAACUGGAGUUCCUCAGCAGUGCAGGCUCACUGCAGAGAUUUGAGCCUGAAAAAGAUGUAAGGCACACCCUGCUGCAGGAGCAGCCGGCCCUCCAUGCCGCCGUCAGCAGCUGGCAUCGGGACGCCGAACUGCAGGACAUUCUCCGAAAAGGACCCUACACCAUCCAGGGUCGAAGGGUGCAGGUAUAUCAGCCAGAGUUUGAAGAGUCUUGGGCAUGUGGGCUUGUUUCGCAGCAUGAUCCUGUUUCACAUAUUAUGGAGAUUACAAUGGAUCAGGGUGAAGAAACUCAAGUAGUUGAUCCUCGUGUCAUUCAUGUAAUGCUUGCUUUGGAUAAUGUAGAUGAGAGCCAGGAUCGGCGAAAGAAAGAGAUGGACGGAGGAAAAGGUGAGGGUGGACGGCGGCGGCGCACUGCAUCGGAAGAUGAUGAAGACAUGACGCUCAAGCGCUUCAAGGGAGCCAGGGAGGGCGAUGCAGAUGGACAGAAUGGCAGCGGGUCCGGCAAAGACUGCGAGUCUAUGGUAACAAGGGGUGGAGAAACGCCGUCAGUGGGAGUGGUAGAGGGGAAAGAUGGAGUAGGAGUAGUGACUGGGAAAGGGAGCUCCAACGCUAGUCCAGAGGUAGCAACUGCAGCUAAUAGCACUUCCUCUCAGCAGGAUCAUUCCAGUGGCAGAUCUGUCGGCUUCAUCAAGGAGAACGGCAGUGGAUCCCAGAGCCAAGAUAAAGUGGGACCUCUUUUAUCUGCAGUGCUUCCUGUGUCCACCCCUACACCACCACCGUUGAAGCCUGCUCCAUCUGCGUUUUCUAACACCUUUCCUUCUUUGGGCCAGAUGCCCAACUUGGUGCCUGGAGCUCCUGCUCCUAAAUUGUCCCCAACAGCGGAGAGGGAGGAUGGUGUCCUUGCAGGCUAUCCCAAAACUGCUGCUCUGGUGUCCCCAGGCCCGGUUACCAUCUCUUCACCUUCCCAGGACAACACUCCUAGUGUGAUUCUUUCUGCACCCUCAGACCUCAGCCAGAAGGCCCCUGUUUGGGGUGCUUCUCCAGAAGUAAGCCAAACACCCAAGACCGCCACUCUCGCUGCAGGAUUCAGCCCCUCACAGCCUAAGCAGUCCAGCGGUGCAGUAUUCGGUGAUGUUCCUGCGCAGACAAAUGGAUCUUCCCAGGAGAACAAGUCCUUUGGAUUUUAUUUUGCCAACUCAAAAGAACCUCAGCAGCAGGCAUCUGAUCCAUCGCAGAACUUGUUCUUCCAGUGCAUGUCUCAGACGCAAGCUCAAAGCCCAAGCAUCGCUCAGGUCCAGACAAAGGACAGUAACUACUUUACAGCCUUGUCGGAGUGCCUGAGCAAAGAGCCGCCAAGCUUGUUCAAAGCUGCUGCUCCUGCUGAGGGCAUAAAAAAGGCAGUUGUGGCCUCAGCAUCUGUGGGACUGUUUGGUUCUGCAUCCCCUGGCAGCUUGGCUUCAUUAAAAGAGCUGCCCAAAGUGCCUGAUGCCAAGCCAGCAGGUAAUGGAAUUCUAGCAACCAAGCCUUUUGGAGCAGGAGGAGAAACAUUGGGGAAAAUUGGUGCUGGUUUCCCCACGGCUGUUGGAAGCAGCCCUGCUGUAAGUUCAGCGGACAUUUCAAAACCUUCUAUAGGGCUUGGGGCCUCAUUGGGCCCGGGGUCCACUGGACUCGGUGGUACUAGUGGUGGGAUGCGAAACACUAGUAGUGCUGCCCCCGUUGGUGGAUUUGGUUUGCUCUCGGGUGGUAAAGCAUCAGAAGCUCAUGAGAACUUGUUUCUGCAGGCCUCAAAAGAGUCUAAUCCUUUUCUCGCUUACAGUGGUGCUGUUUCACAUGGUCCAUUUAGUGGAUUGUCCACAUCAAAACAACUGCCCUCAUCAGUGUCCACUCCUUUGCCUACUGGUAGUUCUGGAGUUACUAGCCAAGAUCCACCUGUAUCUGAUAACCAACCAAAUUUAUUUACUAUGGUCGAACCUCCCAAGGGAAUCCUAUCUUCCCAGUUUGUUGGCUCAGCAGCAGCAUCAUCAUCAUCUUCCUCGUCUCCUGCUUCUUUCGUCUCUAGCCAAGAUGGGCAACAGGUGCUUAAAUCCACUAAAGAGGGCUCGGAGGCUGGAUCUGCAGCUUGUGUCAACUCUGCAGAGGGCCAGGCUGCCACCGUGCCCUUCAACCAGACGUCUCAGAAGUUUUCCCUGGGUGAUCGAGGCCAAGCAAGCAAACGGGACUCUGACUCCAGCACGAACAGUGACCUGUCUGACCUGAGUGAAAAUGAGGAUGCUACAGAACAGAGUCAGAACCCUGGCACCCAGCUUACAUCUGCUGAUGGAGCUGAGGUGAACAAGCUUAAAUCCCAGGUUCCUGCUAAAAGCCGGCCAAGGAGUCAAACCAUUAAAGUAGGUCAGUCAGUGUUAAAGGACCAGAGUAAGGUGCGGCGGCUGAAGCAGUCUGGUGAGGCCUUCCUGCAGGACGGCUCCUGCAUCAAUGUAGCACCACACCUGCACAAGUGCCGAGAGUGCCGGCUGGAGCGCUACCGCAAGUCUCGCGAUCAAGAGUCAGAUGAUGAUGAUGACCCCAAUGUGGCCUGCCGCUUUUUCCACUUCCGCAGACUGGCUUUCACGAAAAAGGGGGUGCUUCGUGUGGAGGGAUUCCUAAGCCCGCAGCAGAGUGACAAUAUGGCCAUGGGUCUGUGGCUCCCCACCAUAAAUGCACAGGAAAGUCUCGAUCUGGACACAUCCAAGUACAUCCUGGCCAAUGUAGGCGACCAGUUCUGCCAGCUUGUUAUGUCCGAGAAAGAAGCCAUGAUGAUGGUGGAGCCUCAUCAGAAGGUGGCAUGGAAGCGAGCAGUGCGGGGCGUGAGGGAGAUGUGUGAUGUGUGCGAGACAACGCUCUUUAACAUCCACUGGGUAUGUCGCAAGUGUGGCUUUGGUGUUUGUCUGGAUUGUUACCGGCUACGAAAGAACCGGCCUCCUGAUGAGGUUGAUGACUGUUCAGAUGAUGAGGUCUUCUCAUGGCUCAAGUGUGCAAAAGGUCAACCUCAUGAACCCCAGAACCUCAUGCCUACUCAAAUUAUACCUGGCACAGCACUGUAUAAUAUUGGGGACAUGGUACACGCAGCACGAGGCAAGUGGGGAAUUAAGGCGAACUGUCCCUGCACCAGUCGACACAACAAACCUGCAGUGCGGCCCACUGCUCCCAAUGGCCUUUCACAAUCGGGUGCAACUCCCAAUACAGGGAAUGGUGCUUCCACUUCAACCACGCCCCGCCCAGAUGGAGAUCCCACACCGCCUGUGGCAGUCAAAGUGGAACCUGCGGCAGAGGGAAGCAGUGCUGAAACGCCUUCAGGCCCCAGCAGUGCCAGCAGUGCCAGCAGUAACUCUACACCUCCAGUCACUGUCCAGCCAGCUGCCUCCAAGGAUAUUAAAGGCAACCCCUCAUCUGCCCUCCACUGGCUCGCUGAUCUGGCCACACAGAAGGCCAAAGAGGACUCCAAAGAUUCGGGUUCUCUGCGGGCCAUGAUGGGUCGUGAAGCCCGUACUCCCUUCGGUCUGGAUGCCUUCAGCACUCUCUCCAAACCAUCAGGGCCGAGUCCCAAGCUUUUCAACAGCCUGCUUCUGGGCUCUGGGCCAGCGCAGCCCAAAGCUGAGGGCACCAGUCUGCGUGACUUGCUUAACUCUGGCCCAGGAAAACUGACGCAGGCUCCUGAUGGUGGAGUCCCCUUUCCCUCCGUGUUCACGUCUUCGUCGUCUGGAUCUGAUAAGAUGAAGGGAGGUCUACCCACCAUUCUGGACCACAUCAUUGCUUCUGUGGUAGAGAACAAGAAGGCAGAAGGGCGCCGUGCCUCCGGCUCAACAGAGACCGGAGAGCUUCCAAAUAUCCCACGCAGAGAAGGGGCGAUGGGCCUUAGUGUCCUGGACCCCCAUACAUCUCAUUCUUGGCUGUGUGAUGGUCGACUCCUGUGCCUACAGGACCCCAGCAACGGCAACAAUUGGAAGAUCUUCAGAGAGUGCUGGAAACAGGGGCAGCCGGUACUGGUAUCUGGCAUCCACAAGAGGCUUAAGAGCGAACUGUGGAAGCCGGAAGCCUUCAGUGAAGAGUUUGGAGACCAGGAUGUAGAUCUGGUCAACUGCAGGAACUGUGCCAUCAUCUCUGACGUCAAAGUCCGAGAAUUCUGGGACGGCUUCCAGAUCAUCUCCAAACGGCUGCAGGGUUCAGAUGGGCAGCCCAUGGUACUGAAACUGAAAGACUGGCCUCCAGGGGAAGACUUCCGAGACAUGAUGCCCACACGGUUCGAUGAUCUCAUGGAUAACCUGCCUCUGCCUGAGUAUACUAAAAGAGAUGGGCGACUCAACCUGGCCUCACGUCUUCCCAACUUCUUUGUGCGACCAGAUCUGGGCCCCAAGAUGUAUAACGCAUACGGUCUGAUCUCCACGGAGGACAGGAAGGUUGGCACAACGAAUCUGCAUCUUGACGUGUCUGAUGCUGUUAAUGUGAUGGUUUAUGUGGGAAUUCCUGAAGGAGAAGGCGAUCAAGAACGAGAGGUGGCCAUCACCAUAGAAGAAGGUGACGUGGAUGAGAUGACGAAGAGAAGGGUGUAUGAGGCGAAGGAGAAACCUGGUGCACUCUGGCACAUCUACGCUGCAAAGGAUGCGGAGAAGAUCCGAGAACUUCUCCGAAAGGUGGGGGAGGAACAGGGUCAGGAAAACCCUCCAGAUCACGACCCUAUCCAUGACCAGAGCUGGUAUCUGGACCAGGUGCUGCGCCGUCGGCUCUAUGAGGAGUACGGGGUGCAGGGCUGGUCGAUUGUGCAGUUCCUUGGAGACGCAGUGUUCAUUCCCGCUGGAGCGCCCCAUCAGGUACACAACCUGUACAGUUGCAUUAAGGUGGCAGAGGACUUUGUCUCGCCGGAGCAUGUGAAGCACUGCUUCAGACUGACGCAGGAGUUCCGACACCUUUCAACCACACACACUAAUCACGAGGAUAAGCUACAGGUGAAGAACAUAAUCUACCACGCUGUGAAGGAUUCUGUGGGAACGCUGAAAGCCCAUGAGUCGAAGCUCGUUCGCUCGUAGUUCCACCUGUACGUGGCUGACCCUAAACCUGAGCUCAGGCCAUAGUUGUUAGCCCACAGAAAGACUGGGGGAGUUGAUGGGGCACUUAUAAAGUGGUUUGGAGAGGGCUGGUGUGCUUAACAGAACAAGCUCUUCAGUUUGAGACUUCUCUCAGCUUCAGGCUAGGAUGAAGGAUGCACUUCAUCAGUGUUACAGAAAAAAUAGUUUUUUCAAACGACUUAAUUCAUUUUCCCCUCCACCCCUCCUGUAUUUAAGCCUUUGGUGUCUGUUUGUUCGUUUUUUUUUAACGUGGAAAGUUUGUUGGACUGUUGAGAAAAAAAGAAGCUAAUGGAUUUUUUAAAGGGGUAAAUUGCUUCUUUACCCCUUUUGAGUAAAUGUGAGCACUGGGUUUCUUUUUUUAGCCAACGUUAAAGGUUUGGUUUCUUCAGCCAGUGGUGGACAUGAGAUCUGAAGGGAACUAGACCAAAGUUUUGUAUUUUUAGUUUUAAUUUUCAUCUAAAAUGAAAGCGUCUUGUUCUUUCUGUUUUUUUUAUAGACCAUUAAGUAAUUUGGAAUCACUCAUGGUGAAUGCUAGGAAGACUGGCUUUGAGAUAUGGUUGUUCAAAAAUCAAAAAUUCCAGUUAUGGACUACUGGUCAUUAAUAUGUAUCAAUAUAUAUAUUGAUCUUAGCAGUGUGUAUGAUUUUUCAAAAUAAAGUUUACAAAAAAGAA